AUGCUAAUACAAGCCCCCAUCCCUCGAACUAGGUUUGCCAUCACUCCCACCAAUGUCCGACCAAUCCACGUCUGUCUAGACAUUACUCCCACUCGACAAUUAUCCAAUCACAAUAGCAUCUUCAAUCUUACUCAAAGACUGGAUGACAGACAACCAAUUCGACCACUCGUUGAAAAUAAACAUCUAUAAUCCAUCAUCAUCAAACCAGACAACGUCAAUAGAGUUCAUGGCAACUCUUUCUGUCAAAAUUAACCCAAUAAGGAAAUGUAGAACUAAAUCUAAGAAUUAACUAAAUAAAAGGAAAACAUGUCUUAAAUUUUAGCAGAAGCCAUUAGAAAAAGCAAUCUCCUCUAGAAAUAGUUAGAUGUACUCAAUCCUAUUUUAAUUAGAAAAUUUAAGGCGAAAAAACCGAACAAGCUCUUUAAUUUUAAGUGAACCUCGAUUAAUUUCAAGAUGAAAUCACUUAAUUAACCAACAAAUUAGAGAAUUUGAUUGUUGAAAACACUUAGCUUCAAGAAUCUUAUCAGAAUUAACAAUUCUAUAUUGAAUAGUUAGAAUAUUAAGAAAAUGAUAAUUUUAACGUCACUUAAAAUUUCGGAUAGAUGUGA